AAUUCGAACGAGACCUUGUGCCGAAACUUCGGGGGAGCUAGCUAGUGCAUCUGGCUGGAAACUUUGCUUGGCUCGUACACCGUUUCUGCCAAUGGUAACUCAGUUUCUGUAGUCGGGAGUACAUCACGAUUUUUAUUUUUAUAAGAGAUAAGGCAAGUGCUGUGAACCGAGGACAGGUCAAGCUUAGUCCAGUUUCUGCCGUUAAAUGUCAAGUUGAGAAAACCAAAAUAAACGGUAAGAAAAAUGUGGUCAAUUGCAGUACUUGUGCUCGUUGCCGCCAGUUUGGCAGAUGCUUUCUAUGUUCCUGGUGUUGCCCCCGUCGAGUUCACCAAAGGACAAGCCGUAGCAAUCAAGGGAGUAAAGCUGACAAGUACAAAGACACAGCUACCCUACGAAUACUACUCUGUGAAACUGUGCCCUCCAGUCGCUGGCAAUAUUGUACAUGAAUCAGAGAAUCUUGGAGAAGUGUUGAGAGGGGAUAGGAUCGUCAAUACAAACUAUAUGGUCAAGAUGAAGACUGACCACAGUUGUUUGGUUCUUUGCGAGGUAGAGUUUGACAAAAAAGAAUUGAAGACUCUCGUCGACAGGAUCAAAGAAGAUUACAGCGUGCAUUUGAUUUCAGACAACCUACCAGCUGCUACUAAAAUUCAAAUUGAUAAUGAAGAUGAGUUCCAGUAUGCUCAUGGCUACAAGCUGGGUUUUGUCGCUAACAAGAAGAUUUACUUGAACAAUCACCUCGAAUUGGACAUGAAAUCACAUAAACUGACCCCUGAAGGGGAAGAGUAUCGUAUCGUAGGCUUUGAGGUGCGUGCUCGUAGCUUGAAGCAUGAAACGGGUAAGAAGUCAGAAGAUGAGUGUGUCGCACCACCUCCGGAACAAGACCCUCCCGCAGAAGCUAUGGAAAUAACAGAAGGAGGCGACAAACAGACCGUAGUGUUUUCAUACGGCGUUCACUGGGAGGACAGUGACAUCGUCUGGGCUUCACGAUGGGACACCUAUCUGGCCAUGAGCGAUGUCCAGAUCCACUGGUUCUCAAUCAUCAAUUCACUCGUGGUUAUCUUCUUUUUAGCUGGUAUUCUGACCAUGAUCAUGAUCAGGACACUCAGAAGAGAUAUUGCAAGAUACACUGAUGAUGAUGGGGAGGACACGACUGAGGAAACAGGUUGGAAACUGGUUCAUGGUGAUGUCUUCAGACCCCCUAGAUACAAGCAGCUCUUAGCAGCUCUGGUAGGCGCUGGGGUGCAGAUCCUCAGCAUGGCUCUCAUAACAAUAGUGAUUGCUAUGUUUGGUAUGCUGUCUCCUAGCAGUCGAGGAGCUUUGCUGAAUGCUGCCCUCUUCGGCUUUGUCUUCUUUGGUGUGUUUGCUGGUUACUUCUCUGGAAGACUUUACAAGACAAUGAAAGGCACAAGAUGGACCACAGCUGGCUUCAUGACUGCGACCAUUUAUCCAGCUAUCAUGUUCGGGACAGCAUUCUUCCUGAAUUUUUUCAUCAUGGGGAAGCAUUCGUCCGGAGCUGUACCUUUCACGACGCUACUAGCCCUGCUGUGUAUGUGGUUCGGUAUCUCACUACCCCUCGUCUUCGUAGGCUAUUACUUUGGCUACAGGAAACAGCCGUAUGACCAUCCUGUAAGAACCAACCAGAUUCCAAGGCAAGUUCCUGAGCAGGUCUGGUACAUGAAUCCAUUCCUCAGCACAUUGAUGGCAGGAAUCCUACCAUUCGGUGCAGUUUUCAUUGAACUCUUCUUUAUUCUAACUGCAAUCUGGGAAAACCAGUUCUACUAUCUGUUUGGGUUCCUGUUCUUGGUAUUUCUCAUUCUUAUCGUAUCGUGUGGACAGAUCGCCAUCGUCAUGGUCUAUUUCCAGUUAUGUGGGGAGGACUACCACUGGUGGUGGAGAUCGUUCAUUGUGUCUGGUGGAUCAGCGUUCUAUGUCUUUUUAUAUUCUGUCUUCUACUUCAUUACAAAGCUUGAAAUCACCCAGUUUGUACCCGCCCUCCUGUACUUCGGUUACACUUUCAUGAUGGUACUAACAUUCUGGAUCCUGACCGGAACGAUAGGAUUCUACGCAGCUUAUUAUUUUGUAUCCAAGAUAUACAGUGCAGUUAAGAUAGACUGAGCCCCUCUCCCCUCCCCUCCGAGUCCCUCACCCCACCCCUCAACCUUCCCUACCCAUGUCAAAUGGCAUGUGGUUGUAUAUAGUUAUUAAGUAAGUACAUAUAGAAGUAAAUAAGCGAUUGCGCAGAGCUGAUACCAUGUUAUCACAACUAGUAUGACUAUGAUAGCAGUUCAAGUGCUCAAUUUGUCAGCUCACUGGAAUAUUGUCACUCUUUGGCCUGCCUAAGACACCGUUCUCACUACCGUCCUAAAACAAGUAUAGUGGAAACAAGUUUAAAGCGAAAUAAGAACGGUCAAAGCGGUCUUGGAAACGUUAUUCCAAACCAGUUCGGGAAAACCACCUCGUGAAUGAGUUUUCAAGAUUGCUUUGCCUCGUUGAACUGGUUUUAGCGUUAGUGAGGAUACAACCGUUCUUCGAGAAGCGACAAUCUUUGCACAUUUUUAGUGCGCUACUCCACACACUGUGCAGAAUGUCUAGGCUGCGGUUUCAUAUUUCGCACGGGACAUGUCACCCCACCGAAAGGAUUCCCAUGGAAACAAGACCACUUUACGUGAAGUGGUUUUGAAAACCACUUUCGGCUGAACAAAUGGGAACGCUAGCAAUGUGAUCUUCCAAACUGGUUUCCUGAACCGAUUUCUAGUAAGCUAGUUUUAGAAAGUAUAAUGAGAACGGUGUCUAAUACUAUUUUUUUAACAAAUUGUAUUUUGCAUUAAUCCAUUGGAGACUGAAUCCAUAGGCCUAUAUUUGUGGGCUGGAGUCUCUGGGAAGCAUGUGUUAUAUAGCAAAAUUGUCUCCAAUGGCAUAAAUGUGAAAGUUAAGUAAAAUUAUCCUAUUUUAAGUUCAGAUUAACACUUUGAAUCCUAUGAUUAAAAUCCUGAUUUGCUGCAAGUCUUGGGGUUGGAGUAAAGGCCAAAUCAGAUUCAAAUCGUAGCCAAAGGAAAAAUAGCCAAGGCAUUGUGAAUUACAAUUAGGAGUUGAAUUCGCUUUUAUAAUGGCUGGGAGGCACUCUCUAUCUGGUGUCAUUUCAGUUUUUGUAGUCAAAUCAAAUUUGGUAACCUUAGUCAUUAAGAUUGUACAGGUCGAAAUGCUCAUAUCAAAUGCUAUUUCAAAUUUUUCCAAAAAUGGAUCACGAACAGAUCUAUUAGUGUGCGCUGGGCUUUGAGUAUAAUGUCUACCAUAUUGUUUUUUUUUUAAUUGAGAUUUUCAAAUAGCGUAAGGAUGGUGUUGAAGCAAGAUGAGAAAUUGUAUUUAUCCCCCCCCUCAUAUAUGUGUAUUACAAGUCAUUGACCUAAUAAUACUAUCAUUCUAUAUUCUAGAUCAGUAGAGUGUAUAUGUUCUCAGGCGGUAGGUACGAUAUGGUAUUGUGUUACAACGAAACCACUAACCCAGCAUAGUUGCAUUGUAAUAGGUCGUAAAACAUGUCGCUUGACCAUUCAAGUUUUAAUCCUUUAUUUGUUUUCAAUGACUCUUGCAAAGAAGGCAACAUCUUGUAGUUAUAUUUAUUAUCAUAUACAAUAAGAAGAGAUAUUUUAUUCAAACUUUACAAAUCCAUGAUCUCCGUAUUUACGCAAUGUGAAAAGGAACUUUAGUGCAUCGUGAUCAAGAGUUGAAGACAAAGUGUCAAUAUUUGAGUGAGCUGACAUUACAUCUAUUUAUGUAUAAGUCUUAAAGAUAUUUCCUUGGUUUUUUUUUAGUAUUAUUAUGUUUGGAGACUUUGAUGUAUAUUUGUCUUACCUGUCUUCUUACCUUUAUGAUUUAGUAUAUAUGUAUCUGUCAUGCAAAUGGACCCAAUCUGUUUUUUCAAUGGAUUUUGGUAAGAUCAGACAUCUUCAAAGGCUUAACAUUUUGGUCAAUCCAUUAAGUAUGUGAUUGAAACUUAUUAACAGUGUCUACAUU